GUGCCGACGUCACGCCUCCCGUGGGUGAAACACGAUGCUGCGGGAGGUGCACGUGGUCUGUUGUUUACUUCUUCCAGGAACGUUGGAGGGGCCGUGGAGGGGCGAGGAGGAGGAGGAGGAGGAGGAGGAGGAGGGGGCGAGGUUGUGAAACAGUGUUCCUGGAUAGAGUUUCAUUGCUCAGCAUUUGAAGAGACGCGCAGACUGACACUGCCGCCGGGAAAAUGUCACGCUGAACCCCCACAUUUAUCCUCCCGAAGGGCACUUUGAACAGCGUCAGACCUCCACAAUUAAAACUAGAAUGCCUCAGCUUGGAAGCCUUCUCACCCAGUUUCAUCUCAGCUCCAAACCCUCAGAAAGUGCUCCAGGCCAGAGCGCGCCUCAGACACCGACACUCCCUGAGUUUGUACAACAUGUCGGGAAACUCACCGGUUUGAGAAAGGACGACAUCUACUGCAAUCUGCGUAUCCCCGACCAGCGGAACACCUUAAAGGAUGACAUCAACAUCGUUAUCCUCACAGGCCAGGGGAUCUUCUGCAUGGACGUGAAACCCUGGAGAGGCGCAGUGUCCGCUCACAACCAAAACUGGCACGUGCAGGUGAAAGAAGAGGACCAAAACUUUACCAACACCUGCAUCGAGCAGACUGAAGAUCCCCUCAAAGCUAUCACGACCAAGACAGCUAACCUGUGUGGCCACCUGAAGAGGAGCGGGGUGUCGGUGCGCCAGAGCCUCUUCUUCCCCAGAGUCGUCUUCCUCUCCCCAGACUGCGAGCUGGACGAGGAGCUGAGGAAGAGGAGGGAGCUGGUCUCCCACAGCCAGAUAGACGCCUUCCUCCGGUCUUUCAGGGAGGGCUACGUGGCCUGGAUGUCGGACGCCCUGACUCCCUCCUGGCUCUCUGGUCAUCUGUCCUACAAGCAGAUGGAGUCGGUGCGGGAGGUCCUGAGGAGGGUGGGAACGUGGGAUCUGCUGCGACUGCACUGCGGCGAGCAGCUGAAAGGAGACUACCAGGGCUGCCAGUACAUCGCCCUGAACCGACAGGAGACGGACACACUCGAGUUCUCCAGGGCCAAGGCCCUGUCAACCGAUUCGCUGUGGGCCCUGCUGGGUCACGCUCCUCAGAGGGCAGAAGAUGUGUGCGACGUGAGCCGCGGCCUCGCUCUUCCAGGCAUCUGUCCUGUCGUGAGAGGUGGCACCAGAUGCAUCCACAAAAAGCCACCGUGGAAGCAACUAGGUCCUCGUACCGGUUUAUAUAAUGAGGAUUAUUCAGGAGGAGCAGAAAAUGGAGUCUCCUUACUCACAUUCAGCAUAUAGAGUGUCUGCUAAUUGCAUAGCUGAGAAAGAACAAUUGAGUUCCUCCGACCGUAACUUGACUACCACCAGCCCGUCAGCUGAUUAAUACAAGCAGAGCCGCCAAGGCUGAUUCGCCGACAGCAUCCCCGGCUGACAAAUAAUCGGACCUCGGUUGCCGGAGUUACAUCGUCUUCGCCUCUCUCCGACUGGAUUCCGCACAGAUGCAGCUUGUUAAUUCAACUCCACGCUGACAUUCCUCUCUGUUUGGCCAUCUCCCAGGCUGCACGCGUCCCCGGCCCGUAAUGGACAGGCUGGUGCGCCUGGUGCUUAGCACAGAAAAGACGGAGAGGGGAGACAUCAAGCGCUUUGUGGUGAUAAUGAAUGGAGGCACACAAAAGGCCAGGAGCUGGCCAUUUACAAAGCCCGCAAACUCCGCUGUCUAAAUAGAUGAUAUUGGCAGCCGCCAUGGCUUUUUGGUCUCCUUUUUUAUAUAGAGACAAAAAGGCUUCAGCCAUUUAAAGAAAAUAUUAACAGUGGCCAACACUAUUCAUUAUACAUCAUCUGUAAUUCUAGUCUUAUGUAUGAUGUGAAACAUUUCAUUUGCAGUUCACAUAGAACGAAAGAUAUUGAUUAAGUAGAAUCAACUUAAAAUGUUGUGAAUUCAGUUUUGGAGAAAUCCCCUGUGCGCAAAACAUCAUGUUCUCUGAGAGGAUUGGGACACCACGGUGAUGAUCAGGAGCUGCAGCAACUACUCGUUUAAUCGAUCACAAAAGUGUCGAACAUAUGUUACAUUGAACUUUUAAAAUGUGAGGAUUUGUCACUUUUCUUUGAGCAAGACUCUUGGGUUUUUUCUUGACUCAAGAGGUGAUUUGAAGACAUCACUUUAGGCUCUAGUAUUUUUUGGGAACAUUUUAUAGACUAAAUGAUUACUAGAUUGAAGCUCCUGUUAGUAAAGAUAGUUUGUUUUUUCAGUCUCAUUCCAAAUUCCUCAAAUACUGAUGUUUUCGGAUGGCUUUUGUCAUGGGAGUAAGAGGGAGAUUAAUCGAUAGUGAAUAAUCACAGCCCCAGGGGGAGUCCAUGGCUUGUGAAUAGAAGUUGUUUGCCCCUCGUAAAUCAACAGAAGUGUGUACUCUCAGUUACCAGACACAAACCGAUUACUUAAAAAGUUGUUUCAUGGAAGGCACCCAAACCAAAGUUGUUCAAAGAAUGAUUUUCUGUACAAAAGAUUCCUGAGGAAUUUCCCAGGAAAGAAAAAGAUCUUUUUCGCUGCACAGUGUUUUGUUUUUUUUUUUCAACAGAAAUGAAAAUUGUGAGGGGAAAUUACCAGGAUGUUCAGAUCUUCUGUAAUUGCAGCAUCGCUCUCGAAAAAGGAAACUGGAAUUGGAAAUAAUUUGCACCCGAGUGUGUGUGUGUGUGUGUGUGUGUGUGUGUGUGUGUGUGUGUGUGUGUGUGUGUGUGUGUGUGUGUGUGUGUGUGUGUGUAUGUGUAGGAAGCUACAGAGGAAAGCUAACCAUGCAAUUACGCAUGAGAAGAGUGCUGCGGAAUCACAAGUGUCUGUAAUGAACUAGUGAAGACACCAGCACUUACGCAGUGGAAGGCGAUGAUAAAAGCUGCCUUGUAAUAGCGUGUGAUUAAACUUGGUUAAAAAAAAAAAAAAAAUCUAUUUUUUCACUCAAGCACUAAGCCACCAUGAAGAGUCCCGUGGAGAGAUUCUGCAUCUGUCAGUUUGAAGAUGACUCAAUGUGCUUCCUCCAAAUUCAUCACCCAGCAUGCAGUACCAGUCAUUCUAAAGGGCUCUUCAGGCGCUCUUUUGUUAAUUUAGUUAAACAUCAACCGGUAGGGUUCAUGUUUUACACAGUCCUACUUAACACAGGUGGAGAUUGAGUUUCAGUAAAUUUGAAUACAUGUUUAAAAUAAAAAAAGCCAUUAAUAUUCAUUAGGAAAUAAUUUAUUUGAAGGUGGGAUGAGCCGCGGUUGGGCAAGACAGACAGUAGGUGUUACUAACUGAGGUACUGAGCAUAGAUAUCAUAUGUUUCAAGGGUGUCGAAAUGUACUGAUCACGAUGAAAACGUGAUAUUGGAGUUGUGUUAGUAAUACACAUAUGUCAAUAUGAUGUUGAUAAUCCAGCAUAAAUGUUUGUUUGCCAAAAAAAGAGACAAAACACACAUUAAUCAAAGGUUUUUUUUUUUAAUUUGAAGUUUCACGAUGAUAUCUCUUAUGUGAAUUUGUUUGGCCACCACACUGAAAAUCUGAUAAUCGUGACAACCCUUGUGUGUUCAUACAGUUAUAUGGUAUACAUAAACACCAAAUAGCUUAUAUUAUGAUAUUGCAUAAGAAUAUCUUUAUGUUAACGUACUGUAUAUCAAGAUAUCACAGUUAUAUAGGAUAAAAAUCAUAUGUAAAAUAAUUAAUUUGAUAUGAAUUAUGUUUAGCUGUGAAGCUUCACAUCACACAAAACAGUUAAAAUGUGUCUAAAUAACUUUUUUAUUUUCUUCUAGUCAAUUCUUAUUACAUAAUUUGGUUAUAUAUAACAACAUAUGUUUAACUGAAACGAUCCAAACAUAAGUCGAUGUGCAGGAAUUGAACCAACUACUAUUUUUUAAGAGUCCAACGAUACUUGAUGUUUGGAGCCGAUACCAAUAUCAUUAUAGCGGCUGAUAUGCACACAUUUGUUGUAGUGAUCCCAGAAAGAUGGUGAUUAAACACAUGUGGCAAAUACACAUAAUGGAUGUAUGACGUCAAUGCACUAAAACAGGAAACAUCACUGGGAAUUUAAUACUUAAACAUAAUCUCAAAGAUCUUUUUCUGCAUUAUUAUCCUUCGAAAGAAUGUUUUCCCAUUAGCGCCUAUUGGGCAACAUAUACGUCAAUACUGAUAUAUCUGUAACAGGCUGAUAAUAUCAGCCAGCAGGUAUGUCAGGAAAACGUCCUCUGCCUCAAACUUGUCAGACACGAGGAUUAGAUGCUUUGUUUGCUCCACUUCAUAAUAACCAUCAUUGAUAAAUGGUAGAUGUAUAGUUAUUUAAAAGUUAGUUCAUAGAUAUUUCACUGUGAACACACAAUAAGAUGCUUUAUAAACCAAUUGUAAAGGUUUACAAACAUCAGUUUGUAACUUUAUGAUUGCUGUCCAAAUAAUGUUGAUAGAUGAACUAUACAGUAUUUGAUGAAAGUAUGUGCAACCCUAACCCUUAUAGUAUUAUUAACAUUCAAAAAACAACACCUGCUUGAUACACGGUUUAUAAAGCAUUUAGCUGUUUGUUUACAGUCAGAUAUCUAUUAAGUAGAGCUUAAUUUACUCUAAAUUAAUCAUUUCUAUUGAUGUCAUUAUGAAUAAAUAAAUAUAACUCCUCUUCUUUGUCAUAUAUUAUAGUAAAAUAAAUGAGUUUUUGAUCAUUUUUGUCUCUGGGAAACUACGAUAAGCAUUUUUUUUACUAUUCCUCUGAUAUUUUAUGAAGAAUUUGAUUAAUUAAGAAUAUAAUGGUCAGAUUAAUCAGUAAUGAAAUAAUCAUCAGUUGCAGGAAUAUGAUAUGAUCACAUUGUC